AUGACCAGCAAUUAUUGUGGGGUUGCCACAGAUGAGUUCAUGUCGACAUCUGGCCUUUUCCUGCUGGUGAUUGUAGGGGCUGAGACCCUCAUUGGGGCUUGGAUAAAUGCUUUCAUUGUCACCAUCUGCUGUAUCGAUAUACUUAAAAACAAAUUCCUCCGUGCUGCUGACCAAAUUCUGAUGGUCCUGGCCACCAACAGGUUUUGUUUCUUGAUCACAGCAAUGUUAUGGGCACUGCUUAAAACAUUAAACCCAAUGAUCUACUACAAAAACUUUGUCUUUCGAGGAGUAAAAGUCAUUCUCUGGUUCUUCAUUUCUUCCAACCUCUGGCUUUCAGCUUGCCUGUGCCUGUUCUACUGUGUGAAGAUUGCAACUUUCAGGCAUUCGAUAUUCAUCUCACUGAAGCUAAGAAUAGCCAGAGCAGUUCCAGGACUGCUUCUAGGUUCUGUGCUUUUAUCAUUGAUCAACAGCCUCCCUUUCUUAAAUCUGAUUUUCACAACGCAUUGUGACACUGCAAAUGCCACAGUAUCAGGAAACAGGACUGCAAACCAGACCAAAAUGCACACUGAUUUGCUCAAGGUAUUUUCUUUCUGCAGCUUUGGUUUUUCCAUGGUUUUGGCCAUAUUUGUCAUUUCGGCCCUCCUCUUGCUGACUUCCCUUUGGCGACACUCUCAGCAGUUAAAAAAUUCUUUGACCAGCUACACGAGCCCAAGGAUGACUGCUCAUGUCCGAGCCGUGAAAAUGAUAACAUACUUCCUGGUUAUUUACCUGGUCAACUUUGUGGCGUUGAUGAUCUUACUGACGGAUGUGUUUUCAGAGGACAGAGUCGAAGGUGGCUGCUUCGGAGAACUGACUGCGGGGGUCCAGCUGGCCAGCCUGCAGGAAAGCCAGGGGGCAGGGAUCAGCACUGGGUGGCUUGGAAAAUUGGCUCAGGUGGGCACUGAAGAGGUAGGCCAGCUCCUGCCCUCCUUGGCUUCCCCAGGGGGAGCAGGAGCUGGCCUGAAGCCACAGUGA